AUGCCAAGUAAUGAAGCAAAAUUUAAAAUUCCAGAAAAAUGUGUUCAUUUUGGUUCGAUACCAAUAAAUAUAACAUCAAAAAAAUCGUUUGCUAUCAUUAAUGAAGGAAUAAAUCAUCUUUUUGGUCAAAUUACUGAUUCAAGUCCAUGUGCAGGUGUUGUUGUAAAUCCAACAAAUGAUCUUGUUUCAACUGGUUUACAAACAAGUAUAACCAUUGAAGUAACACCAAUUGAAUUAAUUAAAUUCGAUAUUAAAUUUGGCUUAAGAGUUCUAGGAGAACAUGAACAAGAAAUUUAUAUGACAGGUGAAGUUAUCGAACCAAAUUUAAAUAUUCCUGAAAGUGAAAUUAAUUAUGGUGGUGUAUCAAUAUUAAUGAAAGCAUCAAAAUAA